AGGAGUUUGCCACUCUGACCAAGGAGCUGAAUGUGUGCCGGGAGCAGCUUCUGGAGAAGGAAGAGGAGAUCUCCGAACUCAAAGCCGAAAGGAACAACACCAGGCUGCUGUUGGAGCACCUGGAGUGUCUGGUGGCUCGUCACGAGCGCAGUCUGAGGAUGACGGUGGUGAAGAGGCAGCCUCCGCCCCCGUCUGGCGUCUCCAGUGAGGUGGAGGUGCUCAAGGCCCUCAAGUCCCUGUUUGAGCACCACAAAGCCCUGGACGAGAAGGUGCGUGAGAGGCUGCGUGUUGCUCUGGAGAGAGUAACCACACUGGAGGGACAGCUAUCAACCACGACUCAGGAGUUAAACAUAGUGAAACAGAGAAAGGACGGAGAAUCUGUGGACAGAACAGACACAUCCAAACCUACCUGGAAGAGACUGCCAAACGGCUCCAUAGACGCCCACGAUGACGGGAGCCGGAGCGCUGAGCUCCAGGAGCUGCUUGAUCGGACCAAUCAGGAGCUGGCUCAGACACGCGAGCGCUCUGGAGCGCUCAACACCCGUGUGGCCGAGCUGGAGGCGGAGCUAGCUAACACUCGCCGAGACCUGAGUCGCAGUGAGGAGCUGUCAAUCAAACAGCAGAGGGAACAGAGAGAGGCACUUGCACAGAGAGAGGAUAUGGAGGAGAGGAUCACAACCUUAGAGAAACGCUACCUGGCUGCUCAGAGGGAAACCACCCACAUCCACGACCUCAACGACAAACUGGAGAAUGAACUGGCCACCAAGGACUCCCUGCACCGGCAGAGCGAGGAGAAGCUGCGUCAGCUGCAGGAGCUGUUGGAGCUGGCGGAGCAGAGGCUGGCUCAGACCAUGAGGAAGGCCGAGACCCUGCCCGAGGUGGAGGCGGAGCUGGCACACCGGGUGGCAGCGCUCACCAAGGCUGAGGAGCGCCAUGGUAACGUGGAGGAGAGACUCAGACAGCUGGAGUCCCAACUAGAGGAGAAGAACCAGGAACUGGGCAGGGCACGGCAGAGGGAGAAGAUGAACGAGGAGCACAACAAGCGCCUGUCGGACACGGUGGACCGUCUGCUCACCGAGUCCAACGAGAGGCUGCAGCUGCACCUGAAGGAGCGCAUGGCCGCGCUGGAGGACAAGAACUCUUUGAUUCAGGACCUGGAGAACUCCCAGAAGCAGCUGGAGGAGUUCCACCACACCCGGGAGCGUCUGAUUGGAGAGAUAGAGAAGCUGAGGAAUGAGAUCGACCACCUUAAACGUCGGAGCGGGGUGUUUGGGGACGGAACACACUCACGGUCUCACCUGGGCAGUGCCAGCGACCUGCGUUACUCCAUGGUGGAGGGUCAGGACGGCCACUACAGCACAACCGUCAUCCGACGGGCACACAAGGGCAGGCUGGCAGCGCUACGUGACGACCCCAACAAGGUGUACCUGCUGUGUGACCAGGACUACCCUUCGCUGCGCGGCAGUGUCAGUCACCUGCUCGGCAGCGACAUGGAGGCGGAGUCGGACCUGGAUGACGACGUUAGCUCCGCCCUCCUGUCUCCCAGUGGCCAAUCGGACGCCCAGACUCUCGCUCUGAUGCUGCAGGAGCAGCUCGAUGCUAUUAACGAGGAGAUCAGGAUGAUCCAGGUAGAAAGAGAGUCAGCAGACCUGCGCUCUGACGAGAUCGAAUCCCGUGUGAACAGCGGCAGCAUGGACGGGCUCAACGUCACGCUCCGCCCCCGAGCCCUGCCCACCUCUGCCACCGCCCAAUCACUGGCCUCCUCCACCUCCCCGCCCAACAGCGGGCGCUCAACACCCAAACACCACGCACGCAACGCCAGCCACCAGCUGGGCAUCAUGACCCUGCCCAGUGACCUGAGGAAACACCGCAGGAAAGUAGCAUCUCCCACGGAGGUGAGGGAGGAUAAGGCUACCAUUAAGUGUGAGACGUCCCCCCCCUCCUCUCCUCGGAGCUUACGACUGGAGACCAACUUUGCCCAGCUCACAGGCAGCCUGGAGGAUGGCCGAGGAGGAAAGCAGAAGAAAGGGAUCAAGUCUUCUAUCGGACGUCUGUUUGGGAAGAAGGAGAAGGCUCGUAUGGAGCAGACUCUGGGGAGAGAGACACAGGCUGUACCUGCCAUAAUUCCAGACUUUGAGAUGAGCAUUGGAGAUACCAUGACUCUGGGAAAGCUGGGCACACAGGCAGAGAGAGACCGCAGGAUGAAAAAGAAACAUGAGCUGUUGGAGGAUGCCAGGAGGAGAGGUCUGCCUUUCGCCCAGUGGGAUGGGCCUACUGUAGUCUCCUGGCUCGAGCUGUGGGUGGGCAUGCCUGCCUGGUACGUGGCGGCGUGUCGGGCCAACGUGAAGAGUGGCGCCAUCAUGUCGGCCCUGUCGGACACGGAGAUCCAGAGGGAGAUCGGCAUCAGCAACCCCCUGCACCGCCUCAAGCUGCGUCUGGCCAUCCAGGAGAUGGUGUCCCUCACCAGCCCCUCCGCACCACUCACCUCCAGAACGUCCUCCGGAAACGUGUGGCUGACUCAUGAAGAGAUGGAGAACCUGGCUUCCUCCACUAAAGCGGAGAAUGAGGAGGGCAGCUGGGCUCAGACCCUGGCGUAUGGGGAUAUGAACCAUGAGUGGAUCGGUAAUGAGUGGCUGCCCAGCCUGGGCCUGCCGCAGUACCGCUCCUACUUCAUGGAGUGUCUGGUGGACGCUCGCAUGCUGGACCACCUCACCAAGAAGGACCUGAGGACCCACCUCAAGAUGGUGGACAGUUUCCACAGGGCCAGUCUGCAAUAUGGGAUUAUGUGCUUGAAGAGACUCAAUUAUGACAGGAAAGACCUGGAGCGCAGGAGAGAGGACAGCCAGCACGACAUGAAAGAUGCGCUGGUGUGGACGAACGAGCAGGUGAUCCACUGGGCUCAGUCCAUCGGUCUGAGGGAGUACAGCAGCAACCUGCUGGAGAGUGGGAUCCACGGAGCUCUCAUCUCUCUGGACGAGACUUUCGACUACAGCAGCCUAGCUCUCAUACUGCAGAUCCCCAUGCAGAACACACAGGCGCGCCAGGUUCUGGAGCGAGAGUUCAACAACGUCCUGGCUCUGGGUACUGACCGUCAGCUGGAGGAGAGUGGGGAUGAUAAGACUUUCCGCCGUUCUCCGUCAUGGCGAAAGCGUUUCCGUGCGCGGGAGGGAGGGGCUGGCCUCGGGAUGAUGGCGGGAUCCAUGGAAACGCUCCCCGCAGGGUUCCGCAUGCCCUCCAUGUCCGUCCCUCCGUCCAUGUCUCUGGUGCCCAAGAAACAGCUGCAGCCUGAAGUGCAUUCUCACUACCUGUACGGACACAUGCUUGCGGCCUUUCGAGAGUGACAUGCCAAAUCUGGAGAGAGACCUGGUCGUCAGGGGGCUCAUCAAAUCUCUCCCCCCCCCCCCUGUACCCAGCCUCACCUCUCACCUCUCCCCCCCCCUCACCUCACACCUGCCCUGGACACGUGCAAUACAAUUUAGAGGUGAACUGAACUCCCACCUUGGAACUCUUGAGCGUGCUCAUUGGCUGCGCUCGCUGCUGUAGAGGAGACUCCUCCCAGUCUCUCCCAGUAACCCCAGUGCUCCCGGUAGCCUUGUUGUUGUGGUGUAGUGCUUCUGCUCCUACUCCUGACCCCUGACCCCUGGUCCAUUCUGUGGGUUCUAGUCUUCAUCCUUCUCAUCAGCCUCAUCUGUGGAUUUGACUCUUAACUUGUCUAACUCCAAGGUCCAACUCCAGAUUGCAACCGUCACGCUGUCCCCUGGACCUAGAGAAGGUCAGAGUGGAGAGGACAUCGGUAGGUCUAGAUGUCUGAGGGUGAUAGGUGUUGAUUUGGAUUCGGAUUGAACCUAUUGGGUGUGUCAAUGAAAAAUCACAAUACACGUUGCCCCCUAUCGGUUAUGCAAGGUACUACUCAUUAUCGUCUGUACAUAAAAUGGAUGACUUAUGUUUUUUAUAGAAAUGUAUAUAAAUAUAUAUAUUGGAAUUAUAUAUGGAGAAUAUUAUACUAUCAUUGCUGUAUGAAAACCAAUGCCCUGUAUUCGGUAGUGACUGUUCUCUUCCUGUGUUGGACCUCUGUGUGUCUUAUAUGCUGUCAGUGUGUGAACUGUUAGUGGGAGGAACUCACUAAGUAGGGGUGUGUUGGUGUGUGAAUACUAAAAGGACUCUCUACAGGUUUAAGGGUCCAAUUCUAUACUGUUCAGUUCCCUUUUCCUGCCCCCUCUCCCAUGUCCUUACCUCCAUCCUUGUUUAGCACUAUGUAGCUCCUCCCUCUCCCCUUCAGCUUCCCCCCCCCCCCCCCCCCCCCCCCUGCCUCUAGGUUGACAUGAUGUAGCUAACAUGAUUAGAGUAGAGCGUUUGUAGACUUGAGCGAGCCAGAGAGCCAGCAUAUGGGCCGUUUGUGAAUGAAAGCUCCAGUCUCUUAUAUCUGGGACUGGAGGCACUCUGCGUCGCCCCAGACUACCAGGAGUGUGUGUCUGGGGGUCUCUGUUUAGAUGAGUUGUGAGAGUGUCCACUGUAGCUGUUUCUGGGUGAUUCCGUAUUUCUUUUCUAAUCAAACUGUAAAUUGCUGCUUGGCACCAGCCAAUGAAAUCGACACAAAACUGGUCACCUGACACAGACAUCACAUCAUAUUUGGGUGCAUCCUGCCCCCACCCUCUUCCUGUCUAGUUGCCAUGGGGAUGUGACAGUGGCCAGUACUGUUCUCUGACUGUCGGGAUGCUGUGUGUGACCUGCUCCUGCUGUCCAAUGAGAGUAUGGUAUCAGUGAACCAGUGAAUUGUUGGGUGGGUGUAUUAUCGUUUCGAUUUGACAUACAAUGUUCUAAAGGUGUCAUGUGCUACUGUGGCAGCUAUGAGUACUGUAUGUGUAUUUAUUCCAGGUGUGAAAUGAUGCUGACAAAUCAAGACUUUAUUAUUUGGCUAUUUAAAUGAAGUGUAUUGUAUUUAUGACA